AUGAUGUCAGCUGGAUUCCAAUGGGGAAUCAACAACAACAAUAAUAGCACUAGCGGCAGUAAAGCAGGCGAUCAGAUGCAUUUUACAUCAAGCCAACAACAACAUUAUACACCACGAUCAUUGAUUGAGUCUAGUCUAUCUAAGAAAAGGAAAAGAAGAGACGAGGGGGAUACUGAUACUGCUGAUGAUGAGAAACAAGAUGAUAAACAAAGUAAAUCAUUCACCUUGCAUGAUAAAUUGCAUAAUUGUCGAAAACAAUUCAACUUCACUUCGUCUAAUAACAAUACGACAAGCUCACUACACAAGAAUACAACCACAACAGCUACUUCUUUUUCUACGAAGUAUAAACGAAGCAGAACGCCUCGUAUUAUUGGCCAACCAUUACCACCAACACGAAUCAUUGAAACAUUAGAUAAAUCCGACCUAACUAAGCUAAUCUACUCAUUAAUUGACAUCCACCCCGAACUUAACCAAACCAUUUCCAAAAUCGCCCAACCACCAUCUAUUACAAAUAUCCUUACAAUCUUAAAUGCCAAAUAUGAGACUUUAAUCAGUGCCCUACCUUAUAAAUGUGAUGCAAGUUCCGAUUACUCUUAUUUACGAAUCAAACCAUAUCUCGUUGAUUUUUUAAACUGCCUUGAGGAUUACAUAUUGUGGAUUUUGCCACCUAAUCAACAUGAUGAUUUAGUUACAUCGUUGUGGUUUUUGCAUGAACUGACGAAUUUGAUUCAUAAAUUGCCUAAUUUUACAAAUCUGGAGUUUCAAUAUACGAGGAAUUUAACUUAUGAAACGAUUAUUAAUUGUUGGAUUAUUUUAUUCAAUCAAGAUUUAGCUAAUGAUGCCAUUUUCCAAAUUUUCCGCAAACAACGUUCAACUGGACAUAGUAAUGGAAAGGUUAAUGCAGAUGGUGAAGAAGAAGAAGAUGCUGAUGAUGAUGAAUUGAUUGAGAAGUUGAGAGUACAUCAACGCUACUGUUCUAAAUUUGGACAACUUAUUGAAAUUUAUCAAGAGAAAUUACACCAAUACAAACUAGCAAUGAAUGAACAAUAUAACAACAGAUUAGGUAGUGAUGGAGCUGCAACCGGUAGUGCAAGUGCAGUGGGUAAUGGGAAUGGAAAUGGUGAUGGAACGGUUGCUGCAAAUGCAAGAUUGAAUGAAUUUGUCACGGUUGAUUAUUCACAAUAUUCACUUAGUAACCCAUUCAGGUAG